AUGGAAGAAGCAUUCAGAAAGCUCAACGGCUUCACCCCCACGUCCCAACCCGACCCCACUCCCGUCCCCUCCAAAAAGUCAACCGCCACCGCCUCAACCACCACCAACAAGCGCACCCUCAAGGACGCCCCCGCCGGCUCUGCCUCCACAAUGCGAUACCGCGGCGUUCGGCGCCGCCCAUGGGGACGGUACGCUGCGGAGAUCAGGGACCCGCACUCCAAGGAAAGACGGUGGCUCGGAACCUUCGACACCGCCGAGGAGGCUGCAUGUGCCUACGACUACGCCGCCCGAACCAUGCGCGGCGUCAAGGCCCGCACCAACUUCGUUUACCCCGCCACAACGCACGACCAUCUCGUUCCGGCAUUCACUUUCCACCACCCGAAGCAAUCUCAGCCGUCGUUUAAGAACCAGAGCAACGCUCGCGGCUACGGUCAGUACGUUCCCAACUGGCCACCGUUUGCGACGUAUCCAAAUGAUUUUUCCGGGUCUGGUUCCGACAGGAGUGGCACCACUACUAAUACUGCUAACAGUACUGCUGCUUCUUUAAACAUGCUUUUCUUGAGGAAUUUCAUCAAUAGUUCUUCUCCAUCCCAAAACUCUUCUUCGGUUGUCUCGCCAAACCCUCCUCACUCUCAAGCUCAGUGCUUUAGCCAAAACCAGUUUCAGUACACAAAUGGCAGCUCUUCUUCACCUAAUUUUUCUUCUGGUGGUUGCAGUUCUUUUGUCAACAACAAUACCACUACCUCUGGUACUACGACUAGUCAUGGACGCUCAUCUUCAUCUUUGAUGAUGAAUAGUACUAGUAGUGGUUGUGCUACUCACCAUGAGCUUCCAGUCAUGGAGAGCUCAAAAAAUGCAACCACCACCGCUACUAGUUUUGUUGACUCGGACUUCUUUCCUGUAGAGUCAUCAGAUACCGGGUUGUUAGAGGAGGUGAUUCACCAGUUCUUCCCAAAGCCCUUUUCCAAGGAAUCCAACCCUCCGAAAUCUGUGGAGUAUUAUACUCCUACCUCCUUUAAUUCAACGUUGGAGGUAAAAGAAGAGCAGCAGCCACAUGUGUGUCCCGUUGAUUUUGAUUACCAGCAACAGCAGCAGCAUCAACAACACCAACAACUUGGAAGUUUCAAUGGAGUUCAGGAAGUGGCUGAGCAGACCGGACCGUUCUAUAAUGAUCUGCCAGUGAACUUCCAGAUGAACAGCGCAGAUCACUCAAUGGUGGUUAUGGAUCACAGCAUGUUCCAGCAGUACUACUAUCCUGACUUUGUGGGUAGCUUGCAGAAUGCCUGA